UUUAUUUCUCAUUUAAUUUAACAGGAAAUGAUAAAUAUAUGCCGUGAAAUUUCAAACAAAAAGCAAAAACAAACAAAAUCUCAAACCCUAUUUAUUGAAUAUAUUUUUUGAAAGCAUGGUAACGAACGAAAAAUUCCAGAAACUUCUUUACCCUCACCCCUCUUCCUCUCUCUCUUCUCAAAACUUUUUAAAAAAAAAAUAUUAGAAAUAUGUAAUUAAAUCAGAAUUAGAAUGAAUUCAAUGAAAAUGAUUGGAUUUGAUUUCAUCAUAUUCAUUAGUUUAAUUAUGAAUGAAAUUGGAUUCUGUAUGAUAAUGGAUAAUUAUUCAAUAAAUAAUCAAAGCAAAUUACAUAACCCAAGCAAAACGUAUCGAUAUGGUGUGUUUCGACAGACAUCUUUACUUGUUUGUCUUCCAGACCUUAUGCAAUUACAUUGUCCAACACAUAUGUAUAUUAGAACCUUAGAAAUUGAAGUGUUUCAUAGUUUUCAAACAACUCAAGAACCAGAAUUCAUUAGUCCAAGUUGUUCAUUUAAAACAAAUCAACCUGAAAAAAAGAGAAAACAUGAAUUAAACAUAAAACGAACCAUAGAUUGUAACAAUAAAUUGAACAUAGUUAAAAUGAUUAAACAAAUGUGUGAAGGAAGAAAAAAUUGUGAACUUCAUAUAUCUCAAUUAAUACCUAAUUUAACUCAAUGCUCUGAAGAAAAUAGUUCUAUUCUUAUUAAAUAUCAAUGUUUACCUGAUCUUGAUUCAGCUUUAUCUGAAGCAAUCUGUACAGAUACAUAUAUGGAAGUAAAAUGUAAUACAGAACGUUCUAUAAAUACACUUGUUAUAUUGAAUGCAAAAUUUGAAAAAGAAAUUAAAUUAUUUGAUAGUAGUUCAACUUAUGAAUGUCCAAUUGUUCCAACUGAGAUACCAAUUGGAUUAUCAAACAAUGUAUGUUCAUCCACAAUAGAUAUUACUGAUUAUUUGAGCAGUUCAUGUGAUGGACAUAGUACUUGUUCAGUUAAUCCAAAUACUAUUGAUUUAUCAAUGAAUAAAAUACAAAAAUGUGGAAAAAUGCAUCUUAGUUUAGUUUAUGUUUGUGUACCACCGGAACUAAUUAUAACAAAACAUUUUAUAGAUACAAAUAAUGAACGACAUACUGAGAAACAAAAAACAAAUCAGAGACAACCUAAAGAAAUUCAAACUGUACGUCAAGGUAACAAAAUCCACACGUUAAAUCCAUCUGAUGUAUCAUCUUAUGAGAAGAGUCAUCUAUCAUUGAUCAAAACGGAUAUUGAACAAAAUAAGAAGAAAGUUUUCAUAGAUCCAAGAAAGUCAAUCAAUAUACAAAUGAAUACAAGAACAAAUGAGCUAUUAUAUAAACAUCAAGAACCUUAUGUACAAUCCAUCAAUCCAUCUCUAUUACAAUCCUUAUUAAUUGGUAUUGGUAGUGGUUUAUUAAUCCUAUUCAGUAUACUAUUUAUCAUUAUAUUAUUAUAUCGUAAAUAUAAUCAAAGAAGAACUACUGAAAUCAAAUCUAAAUCAAAUAAAUGCUCAACAAUAUGCUUUUCUCAUACAAAUGAUGAUUGGUCAACAAUCAAUUCAAAUCUAUUACAUAAUACAUCUUCUAGACUAGAGAUACCUAUAACAAAUGAUAUAAAAUGUUUAUGUUCCAUAUGUAAAUUACCAAUUAAUUCAUAUUCUAUAAUAAAUGAUUUACAUAAAUAUCAUAAUGAACAUUGUCAAUGUCAUAUAAAUACGAAUAUAUCAGGAAAUAUAAAUCAUUGUAAUGUAAAUCAUGAACAUUAUGAUGGUAAAUCAUGUUGUAUAACAGGACAUCAUCAGAAUAUAUCUGAUUUAUACGGUAUGAAAAUAAUAACACCUACAUUAAAUCAGUCACCAUGUAUAUUCAAUGUAUGUCCAUUAGAUACAUCAAAUGAUAUAAACUCUACUUUACUUCCACUUAAUACAAAUACAAUCAAUAGUGAAAAUUCUAAAAAUACAAUAAAUGAUUAUAUGCCAACAAUUACAACAACAAUAACAACAACAUCAUUAUCAUUAUCAUCAACACCAUCAUCUAUCAAUAGUAUCCAUUAUGAAUAUCAUAGAUCAUCUUCAUUAGAUCAUAAAUUUCAAUCAAAUCAUAUUUAUAAUACAAAUUAUAUCAAUACAUCACAAUCAAUUAAUAGUAAUUCAACAAGAUAUGGUUAUGAUAUAAACAAUGAAAUAAAUGAUCAUCAUGAUGAAUGUCUACUUAAAUUCAAUCAUUAUCAUAGAUUAUUAAAAUGUGAUCGAAAAAUCGAUUAUGAUCAUAUAAAUGAACAUCGGUUACGUAAUAAUAAUAAUGAUAAUAAUAAUAAUAAUAAUAAUAUUAUAACCGAUCAUUGUCAAUAUGAAAUGAAAACAAUUCCAUCUGAAAUAAUCAAUAAAGAAAUGAUCCGAUCACCAUCGAAUAAUUUCACUGAUCAAAUUAAUAUUGAUAAUUGUAUUGAAUCAUUUAAGAAAUAUAAUGAAAAUAAAUCAAUUUAUGAAAUCAAUUCAUUGAUUCAAUCAACAUUACAACGAAAGGAGAUAAAUCCUCAAGAAUAUGGAUGUAAUAAUAAUAGUAAUAAUAAUAAUAAUAAUAUGUAUUUAUUAAAGAAAAAUGAUAACCACCACCACCAACAACAAUUACAUAAUGAAAAAGAAAUAAAUCAACAAAUCAAUAAAAAAGAAGGUAAACAAUUCCUAAUUCAUGAUCCUAUUUCAAGAUGUAACUCAUCAUUAGAUAAUGAAUCAAUUGAAAGUCUUGCUAUAUCAUUAAUUGAUCCACCACAAAAUUUUCGUACAUCUAUUAAUGAAUUACAUUUAAUUAAUAAUAAUAAUCAUAAAUCAUCAAUGAAGGUAACAAUAACACCAACACAUAAACCACCGGAUGUAAUUUUAAAAAGUGGUAAUUAUCAUGAUGAAGUUGAUUUAGAACGACCACCUCCAAAAAUGCCACCAUUAAGAGGUAUAUUAACUAAUAGAUCUAUUAUAACUGAAAGAAAUACUGCAUUUUAA